AUGGCAGCUGGAGCAAAGACGCAGGGAAGUAAGCAAGUGGAUGUCAGCCCUCCACCGCCCACGUUCUCAGACAUCAGAAAGAACCCAAAGAUCCCAGAAGCAAGGAUCCCAAGCAGGAAGCAGCCACGGUAUAGCUCACUUGAAUGGGCGGUGGCGGCUCAAGCUCAAACCAACCCUUGGUCACCUCGAGCUGGCCUUGCGAGCCUCUGCUCCGUGCGGUACAGAGCACACCUCAACAGCUCUCUCGACUCUCGAGUCCCUUCUCACGGCACUGUGCCUCACGAGACCUGUCUUGGCGGCUUGUCAACGGUUGACCGUGAACCUACCUACCACCGGCGGAGGAGCGGGCCACAGAGCGGCCUCGCUACCUUGAAUCUUGUCCGUGCUCCGCAAUCUCUCCGCGCACCAUCGGCGAAUAGGCUGUCACCCUCCGUUCCAACUCUCAACUUUCUCCUCAUCGCCGCCGGACUUUUACGCCAUGACGUCUUUACACUCUUUACACCCUCGGACGGUGUCAUGGUAUCAGACGGGUUUGAUGGUGGACUCAAUCCCACUGCACGCUCCCGCCGCAUAGAGUGCUGCGCUGGCCAGAAGUUUGGCCAGAAGUAUCUCUUCUUCCUGUCGUCAGCCUACCUCGAACAACCUGCCUUAAGCUGCACCGCCUCUCGCCGAAGCAUCGUCGACCUCGGCCGACUGGUAGCUACCGUUCUUGGCGCAUAUCAGACUUUGGCACGCACCGACAGCAUGGGAUCUUUCACCAUGGAAUGA